CUUGGCAACACAUGCUGCAAACCACCACCAUCAGACUGAUUAACACAGUGUCAAACCCCAAAUAGUGCCAAAGCCCACGCCUCAUACGGGAAUUAUUUUUUAAAAACAGCAGCCCUCGUCAAAAGGAGGUCUCUACUCUUCUCUGUGUGUUUUGGUUAGUCAACUGCUAGCUACCAGUGACAGUGAUAGAUAAGUACAUAGAGCCAGAGGAAGCAGUCAUACAACGCCUUAAAGAGAUGUUUGGUUGUCCCUUCUCCUCCUUCUCAAAACAGGGAAUACUACUUAUCCUACUCUCUAACCUCCACUAUGGUGUGGUUGUUUCUUCAUACCUGUCAUUCCACAAGACAGUAGGGGACUCCGUGGAGAUCCCUGCAGGCUUAGAGGGGCAAAAUGUCACCAUAAUGCAGUGGAAGUACAGAGGAAAGGAUAUUGCAGAAUUCAACUCAGAAGUUGUAUAUUCACGAGGAUCCCAGUUCGAGGGGAGACUAGAAAUGAAUGUCAUUAACUUCAGUUUAACAAUUAGGAAAUUGACUCUGCAAGACUCAGGGAAAUUUCUAGUUACUGCUGAAACAGACAAUCAGAUUCCCACUAAGGCUGUCACUCUUCAGGUUCACGAGCCUAUAUCGAAGAUGGUGAUCCAGACAGACAUCAAGCUAUUGGCCAACCACUCCUGUACGGUACGGCUGGUGUGCAACGUGUCCUGCUACCCCAACCUUACCUACACGUGGGAGAGAGACAAUGAGAUCUACGGUGACGCCCAGCAGAUUCAAUUCUCUCUCUCACCAGCAGAGGGAGACAUCAAUGUAAAGUGCAACGCCUCCAACCUAGUCAGUUGGAAAACUGCCUCUACGACAGUAAAGUGUAGUAAUGACACAACCACCCCAGGACAGGCAUGGUAUUCCAUCUACAUCGGAGUAUCAGUAGGAGGCGCUGUGGUGCUGAUCCUCACUGUAGCUGUGGCAGUGUGCUACUGCAGGAAACACCGUAACAAAGCAGAUCUAACUGACAACACAAUAUAUGCUGAUAUUAUGGACAACACAAGAAGUAGAGAUACAAGAUCAAUCAGUCAUGUAAACCCAAUAUCCAUCUAUGAAACUGUCAAUGAUCUGGUUAUCCCAAGACUGAACAAGCCGCAGACUCUGUAUGAUAAGAUCACGUUUGGACGCCGGGAAGCCCACCCUUCCUCUUUCCAGGAAGUAUUGUGAGCUGAACAGGAUGUGGUCACAGGCUGUGCCUUCCAUAGAUAUAGAACCCUCUGCAUCCUCUGCAUCUUACACGUGUACAUUCUGAAGAUAGGCCUGGAUGUUACUGUUUAAUUUCACGCCCUACACUAUUUAUUUACUUUUUCAUGAUUGUAAUCUUCCCCCUUUGUUGAUCUCAUAUAUACAUUGUAUAUAUUUACAAGUAUGUGGACACCUAUUCAAAUUUGUGGAUUCAGCUAUUUCAGCCAAUCUCCACAGACAAACAUUGGCAGUAGAAUGGCAGCACUGAAGAGCUCAGUGACUAAUCAUGGCACCGUCAUGUUUUGUGGCUGUUUUUCAUGGUUCACGCUAGGCCCCUAAGUUUCAGUGAAGGGAAAUCUUAACACUACAGAAUACAAUGACAUGCUAGACGAUUCUAUACUUCCAACUUUGUGGCAACAGUUUGGGGAGAGCCCUUUUCUGUUUCAGCAUGACCAUGCCGUCGUGCACAAAGGGAGGUGCAUACAGAAAUGGCUUGUUGAGAUCAGUGUGGAAGAACUUGCCUGGUCUGCACAGAGCCCUGACCUCAACCCCAGUGAACACCGUUUGGAUGAAUUGGAACGCUGACUGCGAGCCAGGCCUAAUUGCCCAACAUCAGUGCCCAACCUCAUUAAUGCUCGUGGCUGAAUGGAAGCAAGUCCGCAGCAGGUGUCCACAUACCUUUGUCCAUGUCAUAUGUAUACAGUACCAGUCAUAGUUUGGACACAUCUACUCAUUCCAGGGUUUUUCUCUAUUUUUACCAUUUUCUACAUUGUAGAAUACUAGUGAAGACAUCAAAACUAUGAAAUAACAUAUAUCAAAUCAAAUCAAAUCAAAUUGAUUUAUAUAGCCCUUUGUACAUCAGCUGAUAUCUCAAAGUGCUGUACAGAAACCCAGCCUAAAACCCCAAACAGCAAGCAAUGCAGGUGUAGAAGCACGGUGGCUAGGAAAAACUCCCUAGAAAGGCCAAAACCUAGGAUGAAACCUAGAGAGGAACCAGGCUAUGUGGGGUGGCCAGUCCUCUUCUGGCUGUGCCGGGUGGAGAUUAUAACAGAACAUGGCCAAGAUGUUCAAAUGUUCAUAAAUGACCAGCAUGGUCGAAUAAUAAUAAGGCAGAACAGUUGAAACUGGAGCAGCAGCACAGUCAGGUGGACUGGGGACAGCAAGGAGUCAUCAUGUCAGGUAGUCCUGGGGCACGGUCCAAGGGCUCAGGUCUUCCGAGAGAGAGAAUGAAAGAGAGAAUUAGAGAGAGCAGUCCUCUUCUGGCUGUGCCGGGUGGAGAUUAUAACAGAACAUGGCCAAGAUAUAUGGAAUCAAGUAUUAACCAAAAAGGUGUUAAACAAAUUAAAAAAAUAUUUUAGACUUUAGAUUGUUCAAAGUAGCCACCCUUUGCCUUGAUGACAGGUUUGCGCACUCUUGGCAUUCUCUCAAUCAGCUUAAUGAAGAAUGCUUUUCCAACAGUUCCCACAUAUGAAGGAGUUCCCACAUAUGCUAAGCGCUUGUUGGCUGCUUUUCCUUCACUCUGUGGUCCAACUCAUCCCAAACCAUCUCAAUUGGGUUGAGGUAGGAUGAUUGUGGAGGCCAGGUCAUCUGAUGCAGCACUCCAUCACUCUCCUUCUUGGUCAAAUAGCCGGUACUCAGCCUGGAUGUGUGUUUUGGGUAAUUGUCCUGUUGAAAACCAAAUCAUAGUCCCACUAAGCGCAAACCAGAUGGGAUGGCGUAUCGCUCCAGAAUGCUGUGGUAGCCAUGCUGGUUAAGUGUGCCUUCAAUUCUAAAUAAAUCACUGACGGUGUCACCAGCAACACACCCCCACAACUCCUCCAUGUUUCACGGUGGGAACCACACAUACAGGGAUCAUCCGUUCAUCUAUUCUGCGUCUCACAAAGACACAGCGUUUGGAACCAAAAAUCUCAAAUUUGGACUCAUCAGACCAAAGGACAGAUUUCCACCGGUCUAAUGUCCAUUGCUCGUGUUUCUUGGCCCAAGCAAGUCUCUUCUUCUUAUUGGUGUCCUUUUAGUAGUGGUUUCUUUGCAGAAAUUUGACCAUGAAGGCCUGAUUCACGUAGUCUCCUCUGAACAGUUUAUGUUGAGAUGUGUCUGUUACUUGAACUCUGUGAAGCAUUUAUUUGGGCUGCAAUCUGAGGUGCUGUUACCUCUAAUGAACUUAUCCUCUGCUACAGAGGUAACUCUGGGUCUUCCUUUCCUGUGGCAGUCCUCAUGGGAGCCAUUUUCAUCAUAGCGCUUGACCGCUUUUGUGACUGCACUUGAAGAAACUUUCAAAGUAGUUGACUUUUUCCAGAUUGGCUGACCUUCAUGUCUUAAAGUAAUGAUGGACUGUCGUUUCUCUUUACUUAUUUGAGCUGUUCUUGCCAUAAUAUAGACUUGGUCUUUUAACAAAUAGGGCUAUCUUCUGUAUACCACCCCUACCUUGUCACAACACAACUGAUUGGCUCAAAAUAACACCUUUUUGGUUAAUACUUGAUUCCAUAUAUGUUAUUUCAUAGUUUUGAUGUCUUCACUAGUAUUCUACAAUGUAGUGUGUGUGUGUGUGUGUGUGUGUGUGUGUGUGUGUGUGUGUGUGUGUGUGUGUGUGUGUGUGUGUGUGUGUGUGUGUGUGUGUGUGUGUGUGUGUGUGUGUGUGUGUGUGUGUGUGUGUGUGUGUGUGUGUGUGUGAGGAUGUGUGCGGAUGCAUGCUUGCAUUAGAACCUUUUAUUUUCUAGAGAUUCAGGCUAACAACUUUUUUUAUUAAAGGUUCAGUGCAUCCAUUUUUAUCUCAAUAUAACAUCAUUUCUGGGUAACAAUUAAGUACCUUACUGUGAUUGUUUUCAAUUCAAAUAGUCAAAAAGAAUCUAAAGACCUUAGCAAAUAUUUUCUCAAGCAAGAAUUUUGGUAGCACUGUCUGGUAGUGGUCUGGAAAACUGAAAAUGUGUGAAAAGGUUUGGAACUCUUUUUCUUAUUGAUCUAUUAACUAAUUUAUCACAUGGUGAUGUCACCACCAAAAAGAGGCUGUUAUUUUUAGGCAGUGUUUUCAAACAGCUUUUACACUAAAAGGGCAUUAUCAUAAUGUUCACAAUUUCACAGUAUUAUUCCAACCUCAUAGUGUGGAAAUAUAUAUAAAACACAAGAUAAUCACGCUUUUGACUGCACUGGGCCUUUAAGUUAUAGCCUAUUGUAUUUCUAUUGUUGCAUUAACUGUUUAUAGUUGUGCAAUAACGACUAAUAAUAGCAGUAAAAUAUAUAUAUAUAUUCUGAAAGCGGUGAUUCUACAAUAGUGGACAUUUAUUUCUUUGUGUUUUUGUGUAUUGUAGUUUAAGUUUGUAUUGUAGAGUAAAUAGCUGUACAUUUCCUUAUAAUAACAAUUGUUUUAAUACCUCAUCUUCAGUCACAUUCACAUAAAUUCAACAUGCUAUCUGCUCACAAAAUGUGGAUCUUUGCAAUCAGACAAUAAAUAUAUCAUAUUACAAUAAUUCUGUCUAUAAAUAUGGAGAAAAUGAGAGACAAGGUGUUGAAUUAACUUAGAAAUGUAGUAGCACUUGAUAAGCACAUUAUGAAUGACUCUGACUGACAUAAUACAUACAUCUAUAACAGUCCCAUUUGAUUUAGCAGCUAUAAACACAUAUGGAAACAUCUAGAGACAUUGUGAAAUGAUAUAAAUAAAAAUGUAAACCCUUUAUUUAA